UGCCAAUGAUUUAGAUCAUACGCAUGCGGGCGAGCGAUACAUGUCACGCGCGUCCAUGACCCGACCAACGCACGCAUUGCUCGUAGGUGUCGUAGGGAUCGAGGGUGUUGAGAUCCCGUUCAGUUGGCAGUGGCGUUGCGCGAGUUUGCGUGCAUGCCUCGGAUGUCGAAUGAAUGUAGACGUUUCAGCCACAAGAGGAGACCAGGGAUCUCAGCAGGAAAGGAAUGACGCUGGCUGCGUAGAUGCGAGUGCAAAGAGCUGAAGGAGACAGGGGAAGGGUCAAGAUUUCCGCUUGGCGCGACCAGGAUUGCGAUAUUGCAUGACAUGCUUGUCGCGCAUGAGUCACAGUACAGGCUGCUAACCUAGGCCUAGCGAUGGCCAGCCCUGUGAGCUUGCAAGUGUGGCGUGCACAUCAGCGUAGCUCCUCGCCUCGUCUGAAUACGAAGCCAUUAUUUCGACAUCAGCGGAGCCCUUUCACUAGUCUGCAACGACGAUGCCUCAGCUCCACACGGUCACGAUCGCAAGGCCAAUCUUUCCGCCAGAAACUAGAUGAACCGAGGUGGACGAAACCUCUGCUCUACUCUCUCGUAGGCGCCAACAUUCUCGUCUUUGGCGCUUGGCAAUAUGCAAAAGAGCCAGGCGCUCCCAGAGGAAUGCUAGCUCGCAUGAUGCGCACUUUCACGAUCUCCUGGCACAACUUGCAGCAAGGGCGGUGGUACACCCUGAUCACCUCUUGCUUCUCCCAGAUGAGUCUCGCUCACCUGGCUGCCAAUCUCAUCACACUCGUUUCCUUCGCGCCAUUGGUCAUGCAAGUCGUAGGCAACACGCGCUUUCUGUCACUCUACAUGGCUGCAGGCUUAUCGGGGGGCGUUUUACAACUCGCCUCCAAUGCAUACUACCGGCAGGAUACGCCGGCAUUGGGCGCUUCGGGCUCAUUGAGCGGCUGCCUGAUGUUCUGUGCUUGCGUUGCGCCUAAUCUCCAGAUCGGUCUCUUCUUCGUCAUACCCAUGCCGAUCAAAGUCGCCAUCCCACUGCUCGUCUGCUGGGAUGUCUACCAUGCCAUGUCGCCGCAAUCGGGCAUUGGUGGCGCAGCUCACAUCGGCGGCAGCCUGACGGGCAUCGCAUAUUACCUUUUGAUCAGGCAGCGCUUGCGGUACGGUGGAAGGCUCAGAUGAUCCGUUGCAGAACUAGAUGGGUACUAUGCAUGCUUGCAUUGAUACAGAUGUACAGUUCUUGCAGAUCGUGUAUGUAUGCCUUUGCUCAUGUCUGCACUUAUUGUCGUCUUUUGGCGUCCACAUCAC